UGCCGAGUUGCAUUAGGCAUGGAGCAAGGAAGAAUACCAGAUCAUGCCAUAACAGCCAGUUCAUCAUACGAGGCGAAAUCUGUAGGCCCUCAAAAUGCAAGAAUUCGCCAAGAAAAGAACGGUGGAGCAUGGUGUCCCAAAGCACAGAUCAGUGGCGAAGUCCAUGAAUACCUAGAGGUGGACCUGGUAAGGGACCAUCUCAUAACGUGGACAGAAACCCAGGGCCGAUUUGGAAAUGGCCAAGGCCAAGAAUAUGCUGAAGCAUUUCUUGUCGAAUAUUGGAGAGCGGCCCUCGAUAGAUGGGUGAUAUAUAAAGACGCCAGGGGCGAUAAAGUGUUAACGGGGAACAGUAACACAUAUUUGGUAGUUCGUCAAGAAUUAGAAUUACCUUUUGUGGCGAGCAGAGUUCGUUUUAUACCUUACAGUGAACAUCCACGUACUGUCUGCAUGCGAGUGGAGAUAUAUGGAUGCCCCUGGGAACAAAGCUUGCUGCGUUACACUGCCCCCCGUUCACCUGAUAUAGGACCCAGUGGGGCGUCUAUCCAGGAUUCAAGUUACGAUGGUCCUGCCUCAUCGCAAAGGGCAAAUUUUGUAACUGGAGGCCUAGGUCAAUUGACUGAUGGUCUGUUUGGCGACGACGAUUUUCUGGAUGAAUACAGAGGACCCAACAGUGGCACAGGGAGCAGAUGGGUGGGUUGGAGCAACGAUACCACGGUUUCAUUAGACUUAGAGAAGAAUCUAGUUACCACUGGUAUUCCCGGCGGUUCCAGCAACAAUGGAGGGCUCGAGUUGCUUUUUGAAUUCGACGGCCCCAGAGAAUUCACAUCAGUUCAUCUGCACGUGAACAAUAUGUUUACCAGAGGAGUUCAGAUACCAUCUUCAAUUUCGUUCUAUUUUUCAUUGGACGGAGAACGAUAUCAACCAGUGGCUGUCGUUCAUCGACCAAUACAGGACCGAACUGGUGAAAGUUCUAGAAAUAUUACAGUGCCCCUUCAAAACAGAGUGGGUCGUUUUGUCAGGGCCGAAUUGGAAUUCAGCUCGCAGUGGAUACUGCUCAGCGAAAUAACAUUCGACUCUGCACCAGUAAUAGGAAAUUUAACAGAUGAGAUAUUAGAGCAAUAUUAUCUUUUGCAAGAUGCUUCGGCUCAGCAGAAUAAUGCAGUUGGGUCAAAUGUUCCUACAAAUACGCCAAUGCGGGAUUUAGAAAUUAGUGGAGAUCUUAAUCAUCGGGAAGAUAUUACUCCUAGGAGAUCUGGACCAGUCGGUCACACCCAAGCUUAUGUUGGUUUAAUCACAGGAGCUUUGGCAGUUUUGGCCCUUGCAUUAGCUUGCACAGUUUUCUUGAUGAUCCGACGAGGUCGUAAGAAAGUUGCUUUACUUCAUAAACAUACUGCACUGGUAUCCUCAGGGGGUGGUUCUUCUGCACCUGGUUUAGUAGGAUUAUCAGGACUGACCGGGGGCAAACAGUGUCAAGGAAAUGCUGCUACGAUUACUAUGAAAGAAUUGCAGUUGCAUUUGUCUACACCUGUGCUUACAUCUCGAACCAGAUUGACAUUAAAGGCUCCACCGUAUGGUGACGUCGCCCGGCAGUCCCCAGCCGCAGCUCCUCAAACUGUGACGACACCGCCGCCAAAUGCGGCGCCUUUGGCAGAAGAUUCUGAUAGUGAAACAUCAUCAGUAUAUCACGAACCUUACAGGCUUUUGCCGUCGUCUCUGAGCGGAGUCUCUGGAGGAAGCAAAGCUACAGAAUAUGGCUGUCUACUGCGUAAGGAUAAUGGAAAGACGCAAAAUGGUGACGGCAAAGAAUAUUCUACGGGAACAAAUGGAUAUCGCGAUGAAGUAAAAUUCUACCAUCUGCCGCCUCCACCGCCUCCUGCAGGUGCCAGACCGCCUCCUGCAUAUGAUUCUAAUAGUACAUUUACUCCUAGCAAGACGGGAACGAUGAAAAGUGAAAAAAAUGGAAUAUCAACUAAUGGUCAAACUGAAAAUUACUAUGCUGCUACUGAUAUAGUAAAGACCGAAAGGCGGGAGCAGCAUUUCACACCCGGCAGAUUUACGACUAUCAAAUUACCAGAUGGUCCACCCCUGGAGGGUGUAGCCAGGCUAUUAGACUUUCCAAGGAGAAGGUUGAGGGCGCUGAAGAAAUUGGGAGAAGGAGCCUUCGGCACGGUCCAUCUUUGUGAAACAGAAGGCGUGUCGGAUUUUGGCAACUCGGCCUCCACGCUGCACAGGAAACAGCUGGUUAUAGUGAAAGCUCUUUGGAGGAAUACUUCAGAGCAAACUAAGCAAGAGUUUAUACGCGAGUGCACAUGGUUGGCCGGAGUGCGGGACCCGCAUUUGGCCCGAGUCGUCGGUCUCUGCGGUGACGAGCCGCCCUGUAUCUUGCUGGAGCAUUCCGAACUCGGCGAUCUGCCCGAGUAUCUCCGAUCUCAAACCGCCAAAGCGGAAAGUUCAACUUUGAGUUAUGGGUGCCUGAUCUAUAUGGCGACACAAAUAGCUUCAGGAAUGAAAUAUCUCGAAAGUCUAGAAUUAGUUCAUCGAGAUUUAGCUGCAAGGAAUUGCGUGGUUGGCAAAGAUUUGGCUGUAAAAGUGUCAGAUCAUGCUAUGUAUUGUGAUAAAUACGAAGGUGAUUAUUAUCGUAGUGAUACUAAAGCAAAGUUACCCAUUCGGUGGAUGGCUUGGGAAGCACUGCUAUUGGGGAAACAAACUCCAAAAAGCGACGUGUGGUCAUUCGCAGUGACUUUGUGGGAAUUGCUGACGUUGUGUGCUCAAAGGCCUUUAUCAGAACUUACUAAUGAGCAGGUUGUAGAAAACAGCAGUCGUUGGUACCGCGCCUCGGGGACGCAAAGAUUACCUCCUCGACCUGCGACAUGUCCACGGGAGUUGUACGACUUGAUGGCCGAAUGUUGGAAGAGAUCUGCCGCAGACAGGCCCCGUUUUUCAGAGAUACACCUGUUCUUGCAAAGGAAAAAUUUGGGCUACGCGCCGACACACGCCUGAGGCGGGAUGCGUCUUUGGAGGACGAAUACAGUUCGAACCUGAUAGCAACCUCCUCCUCUAGAAAGAAAUGGACGUUCGUACAACCGUACGUAUAAAAAAUAGAUAUAAUAUUUGUAAAUUUCUAAAAUAAUAUAUAAUUUACUACGACUGAGCAUAUGACGAAGAGCUGAGAGUUUUAAAGUAUAAGUAACCAUUAAAUCUAGAUAUUUAAUAUAAUCCAUAAACAUCUCCGUGCCAAUACAUCGAGAUUUGUAUUGAAAUUUCGGAUUUAAUUUUAUUUAUUUAUUACAUUAUUUAUUCGAUGAAGUUUUAGGCAGGCCCGGUAACUAUUGUCAUAUUUAUAAGUAUCACAAAAGCUUACUAAACGUAGGUGAUUAGAAUUAUGUAAAUACACAAUAAUGUUUCACGUUAGUGAUCGAUUUAAAAUUGUAGUAGUCUGAAAUGAUUUAAUAUAUGUUUAAAAAAAUCACUACAUUCUCUCGUUAUAGGAAAACUACUUAUGUAUAUUUUUAUUUACCAAAAAUCAAAUCUCUAGUCAUAAAUUAAGUAUUGAAAAGUAUUUCAUUGUAUAAGAAUCUUGGACUA